AUGUCUACAUUAAACUCAUCAAAUUUAAAUCAACAAAUUGAUCAAGCUGCUAAUAAUCAGCAACGACAACAGGAUCAUCAACAGCAAAAUCAAGGCGCUGGUCAAAACAAUAAUAAUCAGCUCAAUGAACGAGAUGAUCAAAAUCUUCUUAGCCAAAAACAACAACAACAAGCUAAUCAAUAUGCUAAUGAUUACAAUCAACAACAACACCAAGCUGAUCAAAAUCAACAAGCUAAUCAAGGUGCUAUAAGUCAACGACAACAGCAGCAAGCUGCUAAUCAAUAUGCUAAUGAUCAGAACCAACAACAACAGCAACAACAGAAUUGUCAAAAUAAUAAUAAUCAACAAGGUAAUCAAGGUGCUAACGCCCAGCAACAAAAACAAGAGGAUUGUCAAUCUGGUUGCGCUCAACAACAUCAACAAGCUGGUCAAGGUGACAAUGCUCAACAGCAACACCAAGCCAAAUUUAUACAUUAA